AUGUCCACACGCCUGGAAAGUAUCAUCGCGGCAUCAAAGUCUUCUCAAGAAGGUCUUGGCGACGAGAAGACUUUGAAAAUACAAGACAGCGAUGCGCAGGUACGACUUGCCCAAACAACGGCAGAACUACCAUGCCCUUCUUUGAUCCACGAUCGGGCUAUCAUCGAUGGUUCGCAAGCAGCCAACUAUUUCUCAAAUCUUGGUGCGACGAACUCUAUCAGUGGUGAACCUUUACACUCUCCUGAUUCGGAGCAAGAUUGGGAAUCUUGGAUUGGCCUGGAGGAUGCAAACGACCUUACAAACGCAGCUUGCUUCGCCGAAUGCCAUCCGCUAUUCGAUCUUGUCCCACCGCUAGGACUCGCCCAAAUUGAAGCAGGUGUGCCCUCUACUUUGGAAGAGGACAUCACAUCACACUCAGCCUCGUCAGAAGAGAAUGUCAAUGCAACAAGUUCAAGAAUACUACUCCCGGGUGAACAAAGCGACUCGUGCUCGAUGAGUGCCAGAGGCAAAGUGAGGCCACAUGAUUUGGACGAUCAAGAUGGAGAAUACCUCGGCAGUGAUCCUGAAUACGAAGAAACUCUUGUCAAUCUAUUCUUUUCGUGGCACAAUACCUUGAUGUAUGUUGUGGAUAAACCGAUAUUCUUCAGGGAACGACAACAAUUUCGGUUAGGGCAUCACACGGAUCUCUAUUCUCCGGCUCUGGAAAAUGCUGUGUACACAAUUGGCGCUGCUUACACAGAUCGACUUCAUUCAGAAAUUGACGGACCCACAGAUGAGUUCUUCGGAUUUCGAGCCAAAGCUCUUUUGGACAUCGAGAUUGAUAGCCCGACAAUUGCAACAGCUCAGGCCUUGCUGGUGCUCUCAUCGCAUGAAGCUGCUCAUGCGCGGGACUCACGCGGCUGGAUAUAUUCUGGGAUGGCAGUGCAGAUUUUGUCAGAUCUCGGCUUACAUUUGAAUCUUGCACUAGACUUCUCGAAGUUUCAUAACACGGACAGCAGUGUCGACGAGGUUGUUUCACUACGGCGGAACUUGUUCUGGUCGGCCAACACAAUAGACACACUGUGGAGUGCGUAUAGUGGACGACCAUCUCUGAUGAAACGUCUUGCCCACAACGUCCCAAGCCCUGUGCCUUCGGCCAACCAUAUUUGGGAAUAUUACACCGACGAGUACAGCACUAUGACUUUCCCAAAGGACUUCGACUUUCAUGCCGCAGCGCACGUUCAUACUUAUCUGGCCAAGCUGAUGACAGUCUUUGCCCAAGUUUCAGAAGUGCUAUACUCUGGUGUUCCUGAUAUACUGGAAGACAUCCACGCUUUUGUUGUCGAAUGUGAUACCGAGCUCCAAAAUUGGCUCGGUAGCCUGACACCCGCCCUCUGCGUUGAUUACUCCUCUGCGCGAACAGCGAUUUAUCUUCCCGCGGUGCUCGAAUUACAUCUCAUCUUCAAUGAGUGCGUUAUACUCUUACAUCGACCGCUCAUCGCUUCAGACGAGUCAUCGCGACUAUCUAUCUCACCCACUCGUCGAGAUACCGCCCAGUCCUUUUCGAAAUGUGUCCAAGCUGCGCAACAGGUCUGCAAGCUUCUCACCAUGUUCCGUCAGCGAUAUGGUCUCCGUCGACCUCAUCACCAAAUGGUCCAUGUCAUAAUGACGGCGGGUCUCAUCCAUGUGUUCCAGAUUUGUGUGACAAAUGCAGGCACCGCCGAACACCAAAGGGCUCAGCAAGGUUUCCUGACCUGCAUUCAGAGCCUGGGAGAGAUGGGCCAAACCUACAAAAGCUCCUCGCGAGCUCUCGAUGUGAUCACCUCGCUUGGGCAAAGCUGGCAGAAUGAUGCAUUCGCCGGACGGCGUGUGAAGUGGCCAAAGUUGCAAUAG